AUGGGUGCCGGCCAGUCCGCGCCAGCAACACUGACGACUAAAAGAUGUUAUUACGAACUGAUAGGAGUGGGCAGGGAUGCUACUGAUGUUGAAAUAAAGAGAGCCUAUCGGAAAAAGGCUCUGGAACUACACCCAGAUCGAAAUCUCAACGAUAUACAGGACGCAACGACAAGAUUUGCGGAAAUUCAAGCAGCAUAUGAGAUCCUGUCCGAUCCCCAGGAACGAGCCUGGUAUGACUCCCAUCGCGAUGCUAUCCUAGCAGGACAAGACGAUCCUGGCGAUAGCCCGGAGCCCAGGACCUUCCACAAUGUCAGACUGACCUCAGCUGAGGAAAUUUCAAAUUUGAUACGAAGAUUUAAUUCCGCUAUACCAUUUAACGACGAACCUACAGGAUUCUUUGGGGUUGUGAGGGAAACAUUUGAACACUUAGCACUCGAAGAACAAGCGGCGGCGGCAUAUGGACAGACGACGGACUACGCCACAUUUGGAUCUUCCGAAGAUGACUACGAUUCAGUCGUCAAGUUGUUCUAUACCUCUUGGUCUGGAUUUUCCACCCAGAAAUCAUUCUCGUGGAAGGAUAAAUAUCGCGUAUCUGAAGCCCCCGACCGUCGCGUCCGUCGGCUAAUGGAAAGAGAGAACAAGAAGCGCCGAGAAGACGCUAUUCGUGAAUUUAAUGAUUCUGUUCGGUUCUUGCUCACCUUUGUUCGGAAAAGGGAUCCGCGGUAUCUCCCGAAUAUACAAUCCGAGGCAGAGCGGCAACAGUUCUUGCGAAAUGCAGCUGCAUCACAAGCUGCUAGGUCACGGGCAGCCAAUCAGGAGAAAUUUGGGACGUACGAGCGUCCUGAUUGGACACACCAACACCAUGACGAGGAACUUGAAGGUUUCUUUUCCGAAGACGAAGAGGAAUGUGAAGUUGAGAUUCUCAACUGCAUUGUUUGCAGUAAAUCUUUCAAAAGCAGCCAACAACUAGAGGCUCAUGAGCGCAGCAAGAAGCACAUCAAGGCUACUCAAAACUUUUGCAGACAAUUGGAGAACGAGAGCAUCAGUUUUGAAUUGAAUAAUAAAGCUGUCCAGAAUCAGGACGCCGGGCAAGCUCAAAAGUCGUCCAUUAGUCAGGAGACGCAAUGGAUCGAAACUAAGAGCGUCAUAAAGUCUUUAGCCUUUGAUGACGAACCCGAGCUGAGCCAUAAAUUGAAUCAGUACGCAGGUGCAGAUGAACUAGGACAAUAUGGUGGGCAAUCAUCCAACUUGCCUACUAAACAGGUCGACAAUGAAAAGAAUGGCAAAGAAGACUCGCCCAGGGGAGAGGCAGAAGUUUGCCUUGCUAGCGAAACUUUGACGGAUCACCCUGUCUCGCAUGCUAAAUAUGAGUCAACUUCUCUCGUCGACGGUUUCAAGCCUCAACCUCUGUCUACGCAACCAAAGAUAGGAAUGGCCAAGUUGAAGCGACAAAAGAAAGCCGCCAGUCAGCUAUUGAAGGCCAACGGAGAGUCAACUUGUAAGGUCUGUCAUGCUGCUUUUGUCUCCAGAUCAAAGCUGUUUGAUCAUAUCAGACAGAAAAACCACGCAGCUUCAGGUCUGGAAUCAACAGAGUCAUGGAGUAGUGGUUUGAAAAAAUCCUAA